AUGCCUACCUACCUCUGCCACGGCUUCCGUUGGGAUCGUCGGAGCAUUCGUUCCUUCUACUCCCUCUUCGAUUUCCUCCCCGAACCCAUACCCGACGAAACCGAGGCCCAGCGUGACAAGAAGAAGCGCAACAAGUCCAAGGCGUCCAAGGCUGCCGCCCUGCGCAACGAAUAUGAUGUACCGGCCUCGACCGUCCCUCCCGAGGAGGACGACGUGCUGCAGAACGACUGGAGCGCCGUGAAGCUACUGGAGGAAUACGACCCGACCGACCUGAGCUACGUCAGCCGUCCCUACGCAUACGUCGCCGACCAUGUGGUGCGCAUCGACCUGAGCAAUUCGAUAACGGAAGAGAUUGUACGCUACGAAGAGCGGUUAAGCGAGACAAAGGCGAUGGCGAGUGCCCCGAGCGACGAGUUCUACAAGGCUAAGAAGGGCUCCUCGGGGAGGAAGACCGGGUGGUUUGAGAAGCUGAGGGACCAGCUGCAGCGAGGGGAGGAUAUCCGGUGGUAUAUCGUGGUUUGCGGCGACGAAGUGCGCGACUUCCCCGAAGACCUGGGUGCGGCAAGGGCGCAGGAAGAGGAGAUUGCACGCGAGGCGGAGAACGCGACUCCAAGACCCCGCGAUCGAAGCGCAGGUCCUUCAAGGGGAGGGGCGUCGCCGCGGGAGUUCAUGUCGAGCGUGCCGGCAAGUCAGUUCGCGACAGCUAUGUCGCCGCAACAACAGUCACAGCAAAUAUCGCCAAAGGAGGCGGGCUUGCCCUACGGCACGCUUCCCCAGCAUCCCAACAUGGUGGGCAACUGGACGGAAAAGGAGACGCCAACAUUACAGGCCAAACCGUCAAUGGAUUUCAGGCCAAAGACGCCCAAAAGCGGCGGGUUUAGGAGACUAUUUGGGAAGAAAAACGAUGACCCAUGA